AUGCUUCCCAUAACUCAGACUGACAGCAUUGACGUGAGACGCGAAUGCAUCCUCAAAGGUCUUUGUGUCUACUUCAACGAAGAUCCAGAGCUGGUGAAGGAAUACAUGAGCAUCGACAACAGCAGUCAAACGGCAAUGGCAGAGACGGUAUUCGGAAUAUUUGUCAUUCGACACGAAGGUGCAGAGCCUGGGGAUGCCCCCGAGAACGUUGGGAUCAUUCUGGAGGGGCUCCAAGUGCUGGAUGAGUUGGGAAACAGAGCUGACCUCUCCAGGGAACUUGAGGAGAUCAGUGAGAGGCUGGAGGAGGCUGGAGGUGCCAUCGCUGCUCAGAUUGAGAUAAACAAGAAGCGUGAGGCUGAGUUCCAGAAGCUCCGUCGUGACCUUGAGGAGUCCACUCUGCAGCACGAAGCAACUGCUGCUGCCCUUCGCAAGAAGCAGGCUGACAGUGUUGCUGAGCUGGGAGAGCAGAUCGACAACCUCCAGCGUGUCAAGCAGAAGCUUGAGAAGGAAAAGAGUGAAUACAAGAUGGAGAUUGAUGACCUCUCCAGCAACAUGGAGAAUGUUGCUAAGGCAAAGGGAAAUCUUGAAAAGAUGUGCCGCACUCUUGAGGACCAACUUAGCGAACUGAAGACCAAGAAUGAUGAAAACGUCCGCCAGAUCAAUGACACAAGUUCACAGAAAGCACGUCUCCUGACAGAAAAUGGUGAGUUCAGCCGUCAAGUUGAAGAGAAGGAAGCUCUUGUCUCUCAGUUGACCAGAGGCAAGCAGGCCUCCACACAGCAGAUUGAUGAAUUGAAGAGACAAAUUGAGGAGGAGGUUAAGGCCAAGAAUGCUCUUGCCCCUUGUCCCUUGGCCUCCUGCUCCUCCCUCAGCAGAUCACAGUCAUGGCGGGUUGAUUGCAGGGAGCAGGAGGCCAAGGCUGAGCUGCAGCGUGGAAUGUCCAAGGCCAACAGCGAGGUGGCUCAGUGGAGAUCCAAGUAUGAAACUGAUGCUAUCCAGCGCACUGAGGAGCUUGAGGAAUCCAAGAAAAAGCUUGCCCAGCGCCUUCAGGAGGCUGAGGAACAGAUUGAGGCAGUGAAUUCCAAGAGUGCUUCUCUUGAGAAAACCAAACAGAGGCUCCAGAGUGAGGUGGAGGACCUCAUGAUUGAUGUGGAGAGGGCCAAUGGCCUUGCUGCCAACCUGGACAAAAAGCAGAGGAACUUUGACAAGGUGUUGGCAGAGUGGAAGCAGAAGCACGAGGAGGGUCAGGCAGAGCUUGAGGGAGCACAGAAGGAGGCUCGUUCUCUCAGCACUGAGCUGUUCAAGAUGAAGAACUCUUAUGAGGAGGCUCUUGAUCAUCUGGAGACCAUGAAGCGUGAAAACAAGAAUCUGCAACAGGAGAUCUCAGAUCUGACUGAACAGAUUGGUGAGACUGGCAAGAACAUCCAUGAGCUGGAGAAGUCCAAGAAGCAGGUGGAGACAGAGAAGACUGAGAUCCAGACAGCUCUUGAAGAGGCUGAGGGAACUCUGGAACAUGAAGAGUCUAAGAUCCUUCGUGUUCAGCUGGAGCUCACCCAGAUUAAGGGUGAGGUGGACAGGAAGCUGGCAGAGAAAGAUGAAGAGAUGGAACAGAUCAAGAGGAACAGCCAGAGAGUGACUGACUCCAUGCAGAGCACUCUGGAUUCUGAGGUCAGGAGCAGGAACGAUGCCCUGAGAAUCAAGAAGAAGAUGGAGGGAGAUCUGAAUGAGAUGGAGAUUCAGCUCAGCCAUGCCAACCGCCAGGCUGCUGAGUCCCAGAAGCAGCUCAGGAAUGUGCAGGCACAGCUGAAGGAUGCUCAACUGCACCUUGAUGAUGCUGUCAGAGCCCAGGAGGACUUCAAGGAGCAGGCUGCUAUGGUGGAUCGUAGAAACGGUCUUAUGGUGGCUGAAAUUGAGGAACUUAGAGCUGCUCUGGAACAGACAGAGAGAAGUCGCAAAAUUGCUGAGCAAGAGCUGGUUGAUGCCAGUGAGCGUGUUGGACUCCUGCACUCUCAGAACACAAGCCUUGUGAACACCAAGAAGAAGCUUGAGACAGACCUGGUCCAGAUCCAGGGUGAAGUGGAUGACAUUGUUCAGGAAGCAAGGAAUGCAGAGGAGAAGGCCAAGAAGGCCAUCACUGAUGUAGGUUUCAAUAGAGAUUUCCUCAUGAUGACAGCGGCUGCUGCUUUUAAAUCAUACCAACAGAAGCAGAAGCGAAUGCACACCAACAGACCCAUGUAUGUGGAGAAGAGUCAUUGCUUCCAGGUGUGA